AUGGCAGGCGAAGACCAGAUACACCGGGCGCAUCGUGCGACCAAGGAGAAGAAGAAGCAUGACAAGAGCCAGCCAAAUCCCAAAGCGUUCGCCUUUGCCGCUCCAGGACGACUCGCGAAACAGGCAGCUCGAAGCCACGAUGUCAAGGAAAAGAGGUUGCAUGUCCCGCUUGUGGACAGACUGCCAGAGGAGGCGCCACCCUUAGUUGUGGGCGUCGUUGGUCCACCCGGGGUGGGCAAGACGACUUUAAUCAAGAGCUUGGUGAAGCGGUAUGCACGGCAGACAAUUUCGCAGCCGACAGGGCCCAUUACUGUCGUUACCAGCAAGAGGCGGCGAUUGACAUUUGUGGAAGGACCGAGCGAUAGUCUGGCAAGUGCGAUCGACCUUGCGAAAGUGGUAGAUAUCGUGCUGCUCAUGAUCGAUGGCAACUAUGGCUUCGAAAUGGAGACCAUGGAGUUCUUGUCGGUUCUGAGCAGCACUGGUAUGCCGGGAAAUGUUUUUGGCAUCUUAACCCAUUUGGAUUUGUUCCGAAAGCAAGAUACACUGAAAGCACAGAAGAAGAGACUGAAGCACAGAUUUUGGUCGGAGCUCUACCAAGGCGCAAAGCUGUUCUACUUGUCUGGUGUGAUCAGCGGAAGAUAUCCAGAUCGUGAAGUAUUGAACUUGUCGCGCUUCCUGAGUGUCAUGAAGAAUCCGAGGCCUCUAGUCUGGAGGAAUUCGCACCCUUAUGCUUUAGCCGAUCGAAUGCUCGACAUCACGCCGCCGACCGAGAUCGAAAACGACGAGAAGUGCGAUCGAACGGUAGCUCUAUAUGGGUACUUGCGAGGUACAAAUUUCCCAUCUCACGACGUGCGUGUGCAUGUACCAGGUGUUGGCGAUCUGAAAGUCGAUCGAGUGGAGUCUCUACCAGAUCCAUGUCCGACUCCAUACUUUGAGCAAGCACGAGAAAAAGCGGAGGGCACGAAGAAACGGAAACGACUUGGCGAGAAGCAGAAGGUCAUAUAUGCGCCUAUGAGCGACGUGGGCGGAGUACUCGUGGACAAGGAUGCCGUAUACAUUGAUGUCAAGAGCAAUACCUUUAAUGCUGAAGAUGACGACGAAGACCGAGGUCUGGGGGAACAAUUGGUCGUGGGCCUUCAAGGCGAGCGAAAGCUGCUUGGAGAAGAUGACCAGGGCAUUGCUCUUUUUGAUGGAGGCGAAAGACUGAAAAAGCUAGAGGACGACGAAGAUGUCAAGGACACUGGCAGGUCAAGUGCUAGAAAGGCAAGAAUAUAUGAGCGGGACGACGCCGAGGAUGAUGAUCCUGAAGACGAAGGGUUCGAGAGUGGAGAGACCGACGAUGAGGCAGAUCUGGAAGCUUUGCAACAAGCACCCGAGAAGCUGUCGAAAGGACGAAAGGAGAAAGAUCAUGCUGACGAGGACGAGGAAGACGAGGACGGUGCCGUCAGAUGGAAGGACAACAUGGAGGACCGCAUGAAGCAGCUUCGUGGGCGGAAACAGCCGUUUCGAGUAGCCGAACUCGCGAAAAUGAUGUACGAUGAUAUGCUGUCAACUGCUGAGGUCGUGAAGAAGUGGCGAGGCGAAAAGGACGACGGUGCAGAUCUAGCGGAUGACGAACAGGACGAUGAUUUCUUUCAGAGGAAGAAGCCGAAUGCAGAUGAGAUCGAAGAAGAUCGCAUGAUUCCUGCCUUGAACUAUGAGGAACUGGAAGAGAAAUGGACUGACGAGGAAAAUAUGGAGGCUUUGAGGCAGCGUUUUGCUUCCACGAGACUGACUGGAGCCAAUGCUGACGCACUAGGUCAGGACGACGAUUCAGACCCAUUCGACGGACUUGGCGAUGACGACGAAGGAGAUGGCGAAUUCGAAGAUCUUGAGUCUGGCGAAAAGCACGGCGGAGCGGAGACCGGUGAGACCCUAGAAGACGAGCGCGAACGCAACGCGCGCAAGAAAGAAGAUCUGAAGAUGAGAUUCGAGGAAGAGGAUCGCGAAGGGUUUCUUAAUCCGAAGAAUACCAAUCGACAGGCUAAUGGUCAAGCCGAGGAGCAAGAUUAUGGCGAGGACGAGUGGUACGAUGCACAAAAGGCGCUGCUCCAGAAGCAGCAAGAGAUCAAUCGCAAAGAGUUCGAAGACCUUGACGAGGCUACACGAAUCCGCGCGGAGGGCUAUAGAGCAGGGACUUAUGCUCGGCUCAUUCUAACGAACGUGCCAUGCGAAUUCACCGAGAACUUUGAUGCCCGAUUCCCUAUACUCAUUGGCGGGCUGCAGCCAACCGAAGAGCGAAUGGGCUUCGUCCAGGUUCGCAUAAAGCGCCACCGCUGGCACAAGAAGAUUCUCAAGACGAAUGAUCCUUUGAUCUUCUCGCUUGGAUGGCGACGAUUCCAGUCAACACCAGUCUACAGCAUUUCUGACUCGCGAACGCGGAAUAGGAUGCUCAAGUAUACGCCGGAGCAUAUGCAUUGCUUUGGAACCUUCUACGGACCUCUCGCUGCGCCGAAUACAGGAUUCUGUUGUGUACAGAGCUUCUCGAACAAGAAUCCUGGAUUCCGAAUCGCAGCGACGGGAGUUGUUCUCAACGUCGACGAAAGCACAGAGAUCGUGAAGAAGCUGAAAUUGACAGGCCAUCCAUACAAGAUCUUCAAGAACACUGCAUUUAUCAAAGACAUGUUUUCGUCGGCGCUGGAAAUCGCCAAAUUCGAAGGUGCUGGAAUCAAAACUGUUUCUGGCAUUCGAGGCCAAAUCAAGAAGGCGCUGUCGAAACCUGAAGGCUGCUUCCGUGCUACAUUCGAAGACAAAAUCCUCAUGUCCGAUAUCGUCUUCCUGCGGGCAUGGUACCCGGUCCGACCUCACCGGUUCUAUAAUCCUGUGACUGAACUCCUCGAAGGCGGAGACUCCGAAGCUUGGGAAGGCAUGCGUCUCACCGGUCAGGUUCGAGCCGCUCAGAAAAUUCCCACCCCGAAGAUCAAAAAUUCAGCGUAUCGACCUGUCGAACGACAAGAGCGACACUUCAACCCCUUACGCGUGCCUCGCAAGCUUCAAGCCGGUCUGCCGUACAAAUCCCAAAUCACUCAAAUGAAGCCACAAAAGAAGGAGUCUUAUAUGCAGAAACGAGCUGUUGUGCUUGGCGGUGAAGAGAAAGUGGCGAGACGGCUCAUGCAGCAGGUCAUGUCGCUCCGGAAUGAGAAAGUUGAGAAGAGGCGAGCUAAGCAAGAGGAGAGGAAGCAAGGAUAUCGGGCUAAGGUUGCUGAGAAUGAGGAGAAGAGGAAGGAGAGAGAAAAGAGGGAACGUGAUGAGUUCUGGAAGAGGGAGGGCAAGAAGAGAAAAGGCUGGGAGAAUGGUGGUGAAGGCGGAGGAGGCGGAGGCAAGAGAAGGAAGAAAGCGUGA